UAACUCAUUAUUCAAUGAACCGACCUUCAUUUUCUACAACCUCAGUCUACAGCAAUAUUUUGAACCGUGAACAAAUCGUAUCCGCAUCUGGUGGUGCCGUGUCCACCUAAUCAAACCAAUUUUGUUUUAUUGAUACUCGUCAACGCAGCUCGCGGAUUGUUUCUGACUCUGUGCUCUGUAUUCGUGUGGCAGUGCCUUGUGUACAUUGAAUCCUCAGUUGCGUAUUAUUUUCGCUGUUCGACUUUUGGUGAUAUUACAGUGUUGUGAAUAGUACCAAUUAAUCGAGAUGAAUUCAAUUUGGGUGCAAAUAUGAAUGCAAUCACGAUAAGUCGUGAGGUUGACUCAAGACUGCGCACGGUUUCCUGCUGAUGGUUGGCUGUAUUUUGCGCAGAAAUCCGCGCUCCAGCGAGCAAGUGAUUACCUAAGAGGUAUCACUGUCAUCAUCCUAACUGUAGCGCCGCGUGGGGGCGUUGAACGCCAGGAAGCGCACACAGCCAAAGGGACACACGGCGCAGACAGUGGUAGCCACUGUAAACAGCACCGUGUGUAUAAAUAGAUAAACACAAUCGGUGUCGCCACACACACGCAAACACCCGCAGGUAGACGCAAUUUGCAAGUGCAAAACAGAAACAAGACCUACGACACGGUGAACUGUUUGAUUCGUAAACACACCAGAGAUUAUCAUCAUCCUUCGGGGAGUGAAGUGGUUGAACUCGGAUUGCUCCUAAUUUCAUCGAAUUUGCGUGGCAGCCAGGAUCGUGUGUGAAGGAAGACACGGCGAUAAGCAUGAUAAGAAAGAAGAGAGUUCGACGUUGGAUAUAACUUUGCUACUUUGAAGGGAAGAAGGCAAGGCGAAGUUUUUGUUUUGUCUGUUAUAAUCACAAUUCUGGAACCGGUUGUGUCCACCGCAAUAAAUGAUGGCCAAUAUGAAGAGUCUACUUGUCGGGGGCAGCACGAGUGAGGCCUCUGGGAUGGCAGCAGUGGUGGCUGUGGGCGGUGGCGGCGGCAGCAGCAGUUCAACGGGACAUACUGCCCUCGGCCAGGACAAGUCACGGCAAGAGACAGACAAGUCAACGGAAUACUCCAACAGCAGUAGCACAAAAGUUGCGACCUCAAACCCAACGACGAGGUUGAAAAAUCGAGAUGUGGUCAUCACCAGCCUGAUUGCGGGAGCAAUUGCCGGUGCACUGGCCAAAACAACCAUCGCUCCGCUCGAUCGCACAAAGAUCAACUUUCAGAUCAACAAGGAAAUUCCGUACUCAUUCCGGGCGGCGAUGGUAUUUCUUCGGAACACCUACACAAAGGAGGGCUUCUUCGCCCUCUGGCGGGGGAACUCCGCCACCAUGGCACGCAUCAUCCCCUACUCGGCGAUCCAGUUCACGGCCCACGAGCAGUGGAAGAAGGUUCUACAGGUAGAUUUGCACCACGAUACCGAGGUGCGUCGUUUCCUGGCGGGUUCGCUGGCGGGAAUCACGUCGCAAUCGCUAACCUACCCGCUGGAUUUGGCUCGCGCCCGGAUGGCCGUGACAGACAAAUACUCAGGCUACCGCACGCUGCGUGAGGUGUUCGUGAAGAUUUGGCAGUGCGAGGGUCCCCGGACGUUCUACCGAGGGUACUGGGCGACCAUUAUGGGGGUGAUACCGUAUGCGGGCACCUCGUUCUUCACGUACGAUACUCUCAAGAAGGAGUACGGCAAGCGCACCGGAGAUUACAGCCCGAACACUUUGGUAUCGCUUGUGUUCGGCGCCGCGGCCGGCGUUAUUGGCCAAUCGUCGAGCUACCCGUUGGACAUCGUGAGGCGGCGGCUGCAAACCACCGGCGUGACGGUGCACUGCGUCGAUCGGUAUCUCACGAUUGGCAGCAUGCUGAUGAAAAUUUACAGGGAGGAAGGUAUAAUCCGGGGCUUUUACAAAGGUCUCAGCAUGAACUGGAUCAAGGGUCCGAUAGCCGUGGGGAUCAGUUUUGCCACGUACGACCACAUCAAGCAUGGCCUGCGGGAGCUUAUCCAUCUGCGGGAUCAGUCCGGGGAAAGGUAGUAAUCGUUAGCUUCAAAUCUGUUGAAUCUGUGCGCAUUUCUUGAGAGGACGAAGUCAUGUGAAAAACUUGGGGAGAGUGACGUUCAUGUUUUUGGGUAUUUUCCUGUAGUUAACGUCUGUCUGUUUGUCAGAAAUCAAUUAAUCGAACGGUGCAAUUAUUUGUAAAUAGUGGUAAUAAGCUAGGGAAGGUUUAUAUAUUGCUUUGGCUGAACUAGGCAGCAGCAGCAAAUAAUAUACAAAUGUGGAAUCACGCCUUGGAAGCAAUUUAUUCUCAUAUAUCUUUUUUGUCACACUCAUCUUGGAUUAGCGCCGGAAAAAAAUGUUUUGCUCCAGCCGAAAACUAUACAAACUAACAACAAAAAAAAACAAA